AUGCUCAUAUCUGUUGACGAUAUUGUUUUCAGAACCAUCGACGCCGCUAGCCAUGACCUGCGCAAACUCUCGCUGUCCAUCCACGACAAUCCCGAACUGGCGCUGAACGAGACACAUGCAUGCAAAGCCAUCACCGACUACCUGAAGAGCAGAGGGUUCAAGGUCGAGCAUAGCGUUGCUGGGCUCCAGACCGCAUUUGUUGCCUCUUAUGUAUCACCGGCUGGCGCCUAUGGAGGCCUGCGCAUCGGGUUCUGCUCCGAGUACGACGCUCUGCCGGGGCUUGGCCAUGCCUGCGGGCACAAUCUGAUAGCCAUUUCCGGCAUAGCCAUGUUCCUGGCAAUCUCGGCCGUCCUCGAUGCCUGCCGGAUCCCCGGAACCGUGAGGCUGUUUGGCACACCAGCCGAAGAGAAUGUCGGAGGCAAAAUAAUCAUGCAGAAGGCCGGCGUGUUCGACGGCUCCGACCUCUUGAUGAUCAUGCAUCCGACCAUCGGGUACUCGGGGACAUGGCACUCGCAGUGCUGCCAGAAAAUGUCCGUCGAGUAUUUCGGCAAGGCCUCACAUUCGGCAGCAGCGCCCUGGGACGGCAUCAAUGCGGGAACCGCGGCCAGCCUGGCCCAGAUUGCCAUGGGCGCCACGCGCGAGCAGCUGAGGCCAGACUGGCGAGCCAACAGCAUUAUCACUACAGGUGGCGAGGCUGCCAAUAUCAUCCCCGAGUACUCGCGCAUCGAAUGCAUUAUCCGGGCGUCCUGGGCCAAGGAUCUGAGGGUCCUGGAACAGCGCACGCUGGAUAUUUUCAGGUCAGCGGCCCUGGCCACCGGGUGCACGCACAAAGUCACCACUGAGUUCGCGUACCUGGACAACCAGGACAACCCGGUAUUGGGCAAAAUGUACGAGGGUAUCAUGCGGGAGAAAUACAAGGUGCCGCCCACGUUCGGCCAGGGGGCGUCGACCGACUUUGGCAAUCUGUCGCAGAGCUUCAUCUCCCUGCAUGGAAACUAUGACUUGGCGGGCACCGGAGCGCCGAACCAUACGAGCAAGUUUGCCCAUGAUGCGCGCACCGAGAAGGCCCAUGAAAACACUCUGUUUGCAGCAAAGACGUCGGCUAGGGUUGCCGCAAGGUGUGUUGUCGACGGGGUGUUUUGGGAGCAGGUCAAGAAAGCGCAUGCUGACCGGCUGAAUGAUUGA